AUGUCUUGUGAUCCUUCCCCCAUCAGCACGAGGCCUGGAGAGGAUGUCAAGGGUGGCAGCUUCUCAGAGGAAAGCAGUGGCGGGGGUGACAGCAGUAGUGUCCUGGGAGGGGACAGCCCAGUCACGGGGCCGCUGGGUGCAGUGCUGCUGGUCAUGUGCCUGAUUGGGAUGGCAGGAAACAUCUACACAGUGGUGGUGGCCUCUGGCAGGGUGGCAGGCCGCUCAGCAGGCUCCUUGGGUGUUUAUGUCAUCAACCUCGCUCUGGCUGACCUCCUGUACCUCUCCACCAUCCCCUUUGUGGUCUGCACCUACUUCGCCCAUGACUGGUUCUUCGGGGACGUGGGCUGCAGGCUUUUGCUCAGCCUGGACCUCCUCACCAUGCAUGCCAGCAUCUUCCUUCUGACCGCCAUGAGCCUGGAGAGGUACUGGGCAGUGGCCAAGCCGCUGAGGGCCAGGCGGGCUGGCAAUGCUUAUCGCAAGCUGGCCAGUGCCAUCCUCUGGCUCCUCGCACUCCUGCUUACAGCCCCCAUGAUGGUGAUGACCCAGCUGCGGGAGCAGGGUGGCCUCCACAAGCGCAUCUGCAUCCCUACUUGGACACCGGUGGCCUUCCGGCUAUACCUGACAGUGCUCUUUGCCACCAGCGUCCUCGCACCUGGCAUAGUGCUGGGUGUUGUCUAUGCCCGCCUGGCCCAGGUGUACUGGGCGGGGCAGCUCUUCUCCAGGAUCUCCACCAUCAUGGUGGCCUACUGGGCCUGCUUCCUCCCCUUCUGGGCCUGGCAGCUGGCUGGGCUGUACUGGGGUGAGGGGCUGGGCAUCAGCCCUGCUGCCCAGGCCUACCUCAACUUUGGCGUCACCUGCCUGGCUUACAGCAACAGCUGCAUCAACCCCUUCCUCUACACCCUGCUCGCUGGCAGCUACCGCCGGCGCUCUGGCUGCAGCAGGAUGGGGACAACAUGGCCCCUAGCACCCUCCCGGGAGGCUGCAGGGGACCCAGUGGGAGGCCAUGACAUCUCCCUGCCUUCCAGGGAGCCAUCAGGGUCUGUGCGGGAAAGUGAGGGGUGA